UAACACCCCACUACACGAGAGUUGUCUUGUUGUCAUCGCCGGGCAACGAAACGAAAUUAAAAAAAUAAAACACUUUUUCUGAAGUGUUUUAUCAGUACUACAAAUUUAUUUAUUUAAAUCUUCCUUCACAUUACCCUCACGGGUAAAAAGUUGUUAAAAAUAAACCAAUCAUUACGUCUACCAUCGGCGACGACACUAUCCCAUUGCCUACAACUGAAAACGUCCACAAUUUGAGACAAAGAAAAACUUCAACUGCUAUUUCCUCAUCUCAUGCAACGCAGGAAACCACCAGCAGCAAGAGCUGUUUUGAGAUGACGCUAAUGCGGAAAAGAAUGAAACAAAUUACGGCAGUUUUAAUUAUUUUAAUUGUGAUUUUCUAUUUAUUCAGAGCUCUUGCCAAGCAACAAACACCCCCAGAGGAUGAUAGUCUGGGUAGGGUUGCUUCAGCUGGCAUCAAACAACAGCAUCAUCAGCAGGAUAACACUGUAGGUGCAGAUGACGAUGCGAAGAUUCAUGACAACUCGGUCCUCAAAAACGGGAUAAUCAAUUUUGAUAUCCUCGAACAACAACGACAAGAACUUAAAUACACAAAGAGUAAACUGGCGAAGUUGGAGGAAAAGGUCAGGAUCUUGGAAGCGAGUAUACCUCAGAAGUAUCCGAAUGUCAAGUACUUGAACUACAAGACCAGGAAAAGAAUACUAAUUACGGGAGGAGCUGGAUUCGUCGGCUCUCAUUUGGUGGAUACUCUGAUGAUCGAAGGGCAUGAGGUUAUUGUUGUGGACAACUUCUUUACAGGACGCAAACGCAAUGUGGAGCAUUGGUUAGGACAUGAGAAUUUCGAAAUGAUACAUCACGAUAUCGUGAAUCCGCUCUUCAUCGAAGUUGAUGAAAUCUAUCAUCUGGCAAGUCCCGCUAGCCCACCGCACUACAUGUACAAUCCAGUGAAGACCAUCAAGACAAAUACAAUGGGAACUAUUAAUGUCUUGGGAUUGGCGAAACGAGUAACCGCCAAAGUGCUCAUAGCCAGCACCUCGGAGGUCUACGGGGACCCGACUGUCCAUCCGCAACCUGAGACCUAUUGGGGUCAUGUGAAUCCAAUCGGACCCCGAGCCUGCUACGAUGAGGGCAAACGAGUUUCUGAGACCCUCAGCUAUGCGUAUGCGAAGCAGGAAAAGGUCAACGUUAGAGUGGCGAGAAUCUUCAAUACCUACGGUCCUCGCAUGCACAUGAGUGAUGGCAGAGUUGUAUCCAACUUUAUCAUACAGGCCCUGAAAAACGAAACCAUUACCGUCUACGGCAAUGGCAAACAAACCAGAUCAUUCCAGUAUGUCUCGGAUUUGGUCGAUGGCCUCAUAGCCUUGAUGGCAUCGAACUACACUCAACCGGUUAAUAUCGGCAAUCCAGUUGAACAUACCAUCGAGGAAUUUGCGGUGAUCAUAAGGGAAUUAGUUGGUGGCAAGAGUGAAAUUAGGCAAACAUCGGCAGUUGAAGACGAUCCGCAACGUCGAAAGCCGGACAUUACUCGAGCUAGAAAAUACCUUAACUGGGAACCGAAAAUUCCAUUAAAAGAGGGCCUUCAUCGCACUAUAGAUUAUUUCCGAAAGGAACUGGAACGAUCGGAUCGCUUCCAGGAGAACAGCAAUCGCUACUUUGAGUCUGAGAUAAAUCGUUACCACGCUAAAGAAGAUUGAUAUACACACACUAAAUAAGAUUAAGUCGCUAUUUUUUUAAAUGUCUAGUCUGUAAAUAUUUAUGUUUGAUAAGUAUAUAAUAACUAUGUUGAAUUAUUUUUUUAAUUUUGUUUUUUAAAUGUGUUUUAUUUUUUUCUUUUUGUAAUAAAAUUAUUUGGCCUGUUAAAAA